UGACAGAGUCAUGGGUGGCCAGUACUCAUUGAUAGAGGUGGGAGGGAAGGCUCAUUGAUGGAGGUGGUGGGGGGGGUGGCUCAUUGAUGGAGGUGAGGAGGGAAGGCUCAUUGAUGGAGGUGGGGAGGGAAGGCUUAUUGAUGGAGGUGGGGAGGGAAGGCUUAUUGAUGGAGGUGGGGAGGGAAGGCUCAUUGGUGGAGGUGGGGUGGGAAGGCUCAUUGAUGGAUGUGAGGAGGGAAGACUCAGUGAGGAGGGAAGACUCAUUGAUAGAGGUGGUAGAGAUGACUUGUCUAUAUAAG